AUGAAGGCUGGCGACGAUCUUCUUUUGGACAACGUAAUAUUUCAUCAUUCCGCUAGUGUUCGAGAUUUUGCAGAUUCUAUCCAGGCAAAACUGCUUUUCAGUCCUCCGUAUAAUCCUUGGUUCAACCCCAUCGAAGGAAUGUUCCCUAUUGUGACAGGUAAUGAUCGCUCCAAUAUGCGAUUCGCUGAACCUUUCAGCACACAGUGA